UAUAGUUUUACCAUAAUAUACACACUCGAUUACAGAAAACUUGCGACAUUUUUUUAUUUCUAUGAGUUUCGGGUCGGGCGAGAAUCUCAAAAUCGUCCUCAUAUGUACUUAUCUGCAAAAUAUUGUAACAACUGUUUAUUUGAAAAUUAAUAGGCUAAACGCUAAAAUAUUUAUAUAGAAAAUGACAGUCAUUUUCGAUUAUUUAUACGAAUCAAUUUCUCCCUUGAAACAUUUCAUCCGUUUGAAUUUCGUGGGUAACCGGAAGCACAACACGGCAACACCGCCCGUAGUUGGCGUUGCCAUCGUUGCUACGCGGCGCUGGCUGAUUUUCCUCCACUUUCCACCGGGACUUCAAGGAGUAAGCACGGACCUGCUCCGAGCAAAUUAUUUCAAAUAUAUAAUCGGGGAGAGAAUGAGCGAGCCGACGGAAAACGGUAUAUUAAAUGUGGGACACGUGGCCAAGCGCCUCACAGCCGAGGAAAUCGAUAAAAUGAAGGCGCAAGAUUCUCGCCUAGUGUCCGAAUUUCGUGCGAAUCAACUCGAGAGGGACGCGAAGAAGCACUGGGAUUUAUUUUAUAAGCGAAACGACACUCGAUUUUUCAAAGAUAGACAUUGGACCACGCGGGAAUUCGAUGAGCUGCUCGGCGGCGUGGGGAGCCAAAAUGUCCUCCUCGAAGUCGGCUGCGGCGUGGGAAAUUUUGUUUAUCCCCUGAUAGAAGAUGGGCUGAAAUAUUCGAAAAUAUUCUCAUGCGACUUAUCUACAAGGGCGAUAGAGUUACUCAAGAGCCACACGUUGUUUGAUCCAGAAACAAUGAAAGCCUUUCAAACUGAUGUUACAUUGGAAAAUUGUUUUUCUGUUAUCGAUUGUACAGUUGAUAUUGCCACUCUCAUUUUUGUAUUAUCUUCCAUUCAUCCCGAUAAAUUUCACAAAGUUGCUGAAAAUUUAUACAACAUUCUUGGUAGUGGAGGAAUAUUGCUAUUUCGUGACUAUGGGUUAUACGAUAUGGCUCAAUUACGUUUUAAGCCUGGACAUAAGAUCAGUGAGAACCUCUACAUGCGACAAGAUGGAACUAGAAGUUAUUAUUUCUCAACAGAGGAGGUAAAAAAUCUAUUUGAGUCUGUCGGUUUUCAAACAUUGAAUUGUGGCUACGUACAAAGACGUACGGUGAAUUUAAAGGAAAACAUUGAUGUCCCGAGAAUUUUUGUGCAGGCAAAAUUCAAGAAGUCUUGAAGAUAUUGCAGAGUAUAAAGAUGAAUUCAAUGAUAGAAUAUAAUGUAGCAGUAUCAGAUUGCUACUCUCCCUGAUGAAGUGUACCGGAAUGUUCAUGAAAGUUGGAAAGAAAUCCACAAAAAACGUUGUUCCAACCUGGAAACCAAGCUUAGCAUAUAGCACGUGUCAUUUUGAUUAUGGGAACUGCGAAUAACUUGAUUCUUAACAUAUGGUUGACUAAUUGCGAAUAGAUAGCAAUAACAUACAACAGCAAUAGAAG